AUGCCUCUCGUCGACGCCCUCAUAAUCGGCGCAGGUCCUGCGGGCCUGUCUGCAGCUCUUGCCCUUGCCCGCCAGCUGCACACAGCCGUCGUCUUUAACAGCUCGCUCUUCCGCAACGCACGUUCGGAGCAUAUGCAUACCAUACCCACAUGGGAUCACAAAGACCCCGCUGCCUUUAGGGGCGCGACACGUAAGGAGAUCUUGGAGCGGUAUAACACAAUCUCGUUUAAGGAUUGCGAAGUUGCCAAGGUCGAGAAGACGAGUGCGGGUGACUUUGCGGCCACGACUGUAGAUGGGACAACAUUUACUGGCAGGAGAGUCUUGCUUGCCAGUGGUGUUACUGAUUUGCCGCUUGAUAUCCAGGGAUAUGUCGAGUGCUGGGGCCGAUCCAUCUACCACUGUCUCUUCUGCCACGGUUAUGAAGAUAUUGGAAAGCCCUCCGCUGGAAUCCUUGCCCUCGGAGAGGUCUCCUCCCCCGCAGCAGCCACAGCCCUCGCGCGCAGUGCCAAGCAAAUAACCUCCAAGGUUGUGAUCUACACCUCAAACAACCCUGGCGUGCAAACCGCAAUCGCAGCCCUCCUCGGCCAAAACAAUACCGCCAUCACAACAGACGACCGUGAAAUCGCUUCUCUCGCUCUUGGUUCUGAAGGGAGCGGAAUCAUUAUUACCUUUGCAGAUGGAAGCUCGGUUCAGGAGGCGUUCCUUGCGCACAAGCCGCCUACGAAGCUUAACGGCCCGUUUGCAGAGCAUUUAGGAGUGGAGUUGACGCCCGGUGGAGAUAUUCAAGUAACACCACCAUUUGGAGCCACCAGUGUCAAGGGGGUUUAUGCGGCAGGAGAUUGCGCGGCCAAGAUGAAGAAUGUCAUGCAGGCAAUGCAUAUGGGGACGUUCGCGGGGGUAGGGAUGGCGCAUGACUUGCAGGCUGAGGGGUCCAAAAUUUAG